CUUAUUUGUGUUGUGGUGUGGUUGUGUGUGAUGUUGUCAUGUCAAAGCAAUAUUAAUCUAUGUGUCAAAGACAUGAACAAAAUUUAACAAAAGAUGUGAAUAAACCGCAAAACAAUAAGUCACAAGAAAAUUUUAAACAUUAGACGACUGCAUCAUGGAGAGCAUUAAAACUUUUUCUGUAUCUCUUAUCAAAGGUUUCAUAGACAGCUUACGUGGUGUAACUGUGCUCUUGUAUUUAGAUAAGGAAAUCAAUGAGAGAGCUUUGAGGAGCUCCCCUUUAAUAGAUGUGGACACAAAACAGAAGAAACAGACCAAACCAAAACAGGAAUCAAAAGUACUUACAAGGGUGCUACAGUCAUGCAUCCUGAAUGGAUUUAUAUUUUUGCUAAGCAUAUUAGUGUUUGAGUAUGCAUUAUUGCCGGCGGUGAAGUACUUAGUGAUCAUAGUGUUUGGUCACAAUCCGGGUGUGGCUCACAAUGUUUGGGCGUGGAUGCAACCAUUCCUCUUGAUGACAUUCAGAAUGAUAUGGGUACUGCCAUUGUUUUUGUUGAGCAAACUCGUAAACAGUUUGUGGUUUCAGGAUAUCGCAGAUUCUGCUUAUAGACAUAGACGAGGUCGGCCACAGUUUAUGUCUAGUGUCAGUAAGAUAAUUGCUGAUUCUCUUUUCAGUUUGCUGGUGCAAGCUUUGUUUUUAGCUCAGAGCAUUCUAGUGAGUAUGCUGCCCAUCACGUACGUAGGCGAUCUAUUAUGCCUGGUACAUAUGUGCCUGCUAUACGCGCUGUACUCGUUUGAGUACAAGUGGUUCAACAUGGGCUGGGAGUUGCACAAGAGACUCACUUUCAUUGAAACCAACUGGCCUUACUUCUUGGGCUUCGGUUUGCCUUUGGCUGUGCUCACACAAAUACCACAGUCUUAUAUUAUAAGCGGUUGCGUGUUCUCUAUAUUCUUUCCAGUUUUUAUAUUAAGCGGCAACGAAGCAAGUCCAGUUGCUGGAUGUGAAUAUCCUCUACGAUUAUUCUCACCGGUGGUUGCGAUUUCAAAUGGAAUGUUCCGUUUCGUGAAACAGGGAGCCGAAGCUGUGACCCACAGGAGUAGGUGAUAUAACCUCCGCUGCGAAUGACAUAAGCGUUCUAUCAUAUAGUUACCAUACUGUUUCUAUUCAAAGAGAGGAAUAUAGAUUUGUAAACAAUCUUUUGUAUCUUUUAUUAUUGAAAAUAAAGUUUUUUUUUUUAAUAUACAAUUUGUAGUGAUUUUGUGUUUAGCUUAGUUAUAUUCAAUUAUAUUUUACUUAAAAUUGAUAAAGAGUUUGUUUACAUUUUUAUAUUUAAAUAAUUUGAAAAAUACUGUAUGUAUAAUCCUUACAUGACAAGAAUAACAUCGAAAAUAUACAGUUUGUUACUGUGCAGUUGUCUAGUGACCUUAAGCUUGUGUCUUUAAGAUCUAUUUUCCAAUACAUUUACUUUUCAAAUUAUUAUUUCAAUUUUAUGUAAGUAAUAUACAACGAUUUUGAACUUACAUUUCAUCUGUUCUAUUAUCAU